AAAACACCUGAAAGCAGGACAAGAAUCAAUGGAUGGAAACUAAGGAGAAAUUUCCUAACAAUUACUUGUGAGAUUCAUUAAUUAAUUGUGAGAACAAUUAAUCAGUGGAAGGGGUUGCCUUCAGAAGAACUGGAGGUUUUUAAGAAGAGACUGGACAGCCAUUUCUCCUACUUGAGCAAGGGACUGGACUAGAAAGACCUCCAAGGUCCCUUCCAACUAGGUUAUUCUAUGCUGAUAGUGGCAGUUUUCCCAUAUGUUGCUGGAAAGUGUGAGAACUUAUUUGCUCUGUGCUUUUUCAACAACGACUGCCCACGUUUAACCUUAUUGCAGCCAUGAGACAAACCUCUAAUUCACUGAAAUCCAAAGUUGAACUUUUCAAGAUGCCUGUGUAUUAAAUAGCUAAGCCCAGUGAGACCACCGCUUCUAUUCUUCUGGGCCUCUUGAGAGAAAUGUGUACUGUGAGCCUGUUCAGUUUUGUUUUUCCUCCCGCAAUGUGCAGGAUAGAUUAGGAUGGCAAUUAUUAGGGAUUUGAGUUCCCUAUAUUCUUCCUCUGGAUGAUGAUCUCUCUUGGGAAUUAUCUGGAUGAUGAUCUCUCUUGGAAAUAUUAAUUCUCUCUCAGAGGUGCCCUCUGGAGCCUCCUUGUGCCGCAAGCUGUUUGGGGCCUGGACAUUCUGUGUUCCUUACCUCUUCCUGCUUCUCUCCCCACAGGUGGUUUUUGGGAAGAAACUGCCAGCCUUUUCAACAAUCAUACUCAGCCAGUUACAACAUGAGAAGAAAUAUGACAUCUAUUUUACUGAUGGAAAGAUUUAUGCUCUCUAUAGGAAACUCCUGCAACACGAAUGCCCUCUGUGCACGGACUCCCGGGCUUUUCCCACCAUUGUGGACCUGGAGCAGCACAUGAGGAAGCAGCAUGAGCUCUUUUGCGGCAAGCUCUGCGGGAAGCACCUGAAGAUCUUUACAUACGAGCGCAAGUGGUAUUCCCGCAAGGAUCUUGCUCGGCACAGAAUCCACGGAGAUCCCGACGACACAUCUCACCGGGGGCACCCCUUGUGUAAAUUUUGUGACGAGCGAUAUUUGGAUAAUGAUGAGUUACUAAAGCACCUGAGGAGAGACCACUAUUUCUGCCACUUCUGUGAUUCUGAUGGAGCUCAAGAAUAUUACAGGUCUGUGACUCCAGCUGACCCCUAAGAUUGACGCUAGAAAGUAAGAAAGAAGAGGCAGCUGCUUCCUUAAUGCACUGAACUCUAGAAAGGAGAAGGCACAGCAUAAUCAGUCUUGUAAUAUUUGCCAUAUUUAUUGAGCCAGUCUCAAUAAACAAGAGAUUUAGCCUUCUG